GUAGUUAGUCUUUUAUCUAAGCCUAAAAAUGUUGCGUUAUUUUCUUUUAAUAAGCUAUGUGCUAUUGGCUACUGUAAAAUAGAAAUAGCAAUUUACGCCGACAGGGGGCCAACGGGCGCCGUGCUUCUUGAGAUGGAGAUGCGCAAGGCCUGUGGUGUAUGGUAUGCCACUGGAAACAGAACAGUGGAGGUGUAGGCAAGGGGUACCGCGAGGCAGAAGGGGGGAUGGUAGGAGGGGUCUUACAUGGCAGACGUCACUGGUUGUGUAGGGGAGUAUAGGCUGUGUUGUCAGCCUAGUGUCAGUCUGAUGAAGAUUGGCAUUCAGUCUCCAUGUGAACCAGUCCCAUGAUGCAACAUGUGUCCCCAGCACCAGCACUGACAAUGAUGGCCACACAAAGCGUUCCUCCACCAUCGUACCAGGAGAGCCAACAGAUGACGGGAACCACCCAACAGAACUCCAAGACCCAGCAGGUCCACAUCCCACCCUCGUCGGCGGCCGCCACCCCCGCCGUCAGUGUGACCCUUGACCCUCAGGCGCAGCUGGAGACGGACAAACGAGCUGUUUACAGGCACCCCCUCUUCCCCCUGCUGGCGCUGCUGUUUGAGAAAUGUGAGCAGGCCACGCAGGGCUCCGAGUGCAUCACCUCGGCCAGCUUCGACGUCGACAUCGAGAACUUCGUGCACCAGCAGGAGCAGGACCACAAGCCCUUCUUCAGCGAGGACCCCGAGCUGGACAACCUGAUGGUGAAGGCCAUCCAGGUGCUACGCAUCCACCUGCUGGAGCUGGAGAAGGUAAACGAGCUCUGCAAGGACUUCUGCAACCGCUACAUCACCUGCCUCAAAACCAAGAUGCACAGCGACAACCUGCUGAGGAACGACCUGGGCGGCCCAUACUCCCCAACACACACCAGUCUGCAGCAGGAGCUCCUGCAAACCUCCUCCCCGUCCCUCACGUCCGUCUCCAGCUCGAUGAACCCCUCGGGCAUCGUCGUGCCAGCCGGGUCUCUGCAGCAGGGCAACGUCACCAUGACUACCAUCAACUCCUCUCUAGUGUCAGGUGGGACCCUGUAUCAGCCAGUUGCCAUGGUGACAUCGCAGGGACAGGUGUUAACCCAAGCUUUACCCCAGGGAACCAUCCAGAUUCAAAACACCCAGGUAAAUCUGGACCUGGCUUCCCUCUUGGACGGCGAUGACAAGAAAUCGAAAAACAAGAGGGGGGUCUUACCCAAGCAUGCCACCAACAUCAUGCGCUCCUGGCUAUUCCAGCACCUCAUGCACCCAUACCCGACGGAGGAUGAGAAAAGACAGAUCGCAGGCCAAACUAAUCUCACUUUAUUACAAGUUAACAACUGGUUCAUCAAUGCUCGCAGGCGCAUCCUCCAGCCCAUGCUGGACGCCAGCAACCCCGACCCGGCGCCCAAAGCCAAGAAGAUGAAGUCUCAGCACCGCCCCACCCAGCGGUUCUGGCCCGACUCCAUCGUGGCGGGGGUUCUGCAGACGCACGGACUCAACCGCUCAGACAGCUCCAUGGUAAUGGACGGCCUGCAGCCUCUCUCUUCUGACUCAGCUACAAUGGCCAUGCAGCAAGCCAUGCUGGGAGGGACAGAUGAGUCUAUGGAUGGGACCGAGGAGGACGAGGAGGAGGAGGAGGAUGAGGAAGGCAUGGAGGACGAAGAGGAGGAGGAGGAAGAAGAGGAAGAGGAGGAGAGAGAAGAGAGGAGGCACAUGACUGGUGUGGGGAGAAGAGAUCAAGGCCUUGACCACACAGAUGGCCUGAAAAGCGCAGCCAUGUCUAUCGCCGGCACGGCCGCCCAGGCCAUGCUCGCCGACGCCCUGGUGAGGGAGACCGGUGCAGAGGUGGGGGCCCGCCACCUGGAGCUGGAGCUGCCGCUGGACAAGUUCAUCAAGUUUGUGUCCGUGGGGCUGCCUCUGCUGCUCGUGUCCAUGGCCUUCGCCAGAGAGAUCUCCCUCGGUCCACAGAUUAGCUGUUUCCCACCCAACAACUUCACCGCGAAACAGGCGGCGUAUGUAGACACCUACUGUUGGGACUCCCUCAUGCAUCAUGAGUACGACAGCGAUGGCAACUUCGAGGAGCGCCCCCUAUGGGUGCACAAAAUGUUCCCCUACUCUCUGCUCAUCCUGGCCAUGAUGAUGUACCUCCCGGCUCUGAUCUGGCGUUUCCUGGCCAUGCCGAGCCUCGGCUCCGACCUGCUCUUCAUCAUAGACGAGCUGGACAAGUCGUACAACCGCUCCAUCAUCAUCGCCCAAAGCAUUGUGGAGCUGCGCGAGAAAAGCAGCGACCCACUGGAGUUCAAGGCUGAGCUAGAGAGAGCCAAGCAGAAACGUUACUUUGAGUAUCCGCUGCUGGAGCGCUACAUGCAGUGCAAGCACGGCUCCUACUUCCUGGUCAGCAUGCUCUUCCUGCGCGGCUUCCUGCUGCUGACCUUCAUGUCGGCCGCCUGCCUCUACCUGGUCUACUUCCACCUGUCGGCCUUCCUGCAGGACGAGUUCAGCUGCUUCGUGCGCACGGGGCUGCUGCGCGACCAGCCCUGGGUCCCUGAGCUGGUGCAGUGCAAGAUCACGGGCCUGCUGGUCUUCCAGGUCAUCAGCGUGGCCAACGGCGCCAUCUACCUGCUGCUGGCCCCCAUCGUCCUGUUCAGCCUCUUCCGCCUCUUCUGCUGGGACACGGGCUUCCUGUCGCUCUACGAGGUGCUGCCCGCGCUGAGCCUGAUCACGGGGCGCAAGCUGGGCUGCCCUCUCAAUGACCUCAACGUGCUGCUACUGUUCCUGCGCGCCAACGUGGCGCACCUGCGCUCGUACGGGCGCCUGAGGGCCAUCUGCUCGCUGGCGCCCCCGCAGGUGAGGCCGGUCGGCGGCAGGCCCAUGCUGACGGAGGAGGAGGUGGAGCAGCUGGCCGAGGCGGCCGAGGAGAUGGAGGAGGCGGAGCGCGAGGCCAGGGAGGAGGGCAAGCACAACCUGGUGGACAUCAUGACCAUCCUCGGACGCGCGCGGGGGAACGUCAUCAAUAACCCAGAGCACUGCCCCCUGGUGGAGGAAAAACUAACUCUGGGUAGCGUCACCCUCAUCUACACUCUUAAGCGCAUUCUUUUAGUGGCCAUUUUGGUGUACAUUGUCUGGGAUGUUCAGAAAAUUAUUAAAUAAAUGUUUAUCGAGAUCCCUGAGGUAAGAUUUGCUGAUUUGUGAGAUGGUUUAGCAUCUCUGACUCCAGGUCUCAGGGCAACCCAAUCACAUUCAAAACUUGGAGUGAGGGCAUUCUCAUAACCGAAUGAGUAAAUCAGUUUACUAGUUUACUGAACUUGUGGGACCUUUAAUAACAAGGUUCCAAUCUCAAAACCACAGAUUUGGUUAUGUUAAACAAUAUGACACAGCCACAUGAAAGUCAAACACUCAUAACUCAGCUCUGCGGUAUGGUAAGUGAAAAUUAUGCAAAACCCAAAAGAAAGAUUAUGGGUCGUUGAUAAUUUAAUUCUAAGAGAGGCUUCUCCCCCUAAAAACCCCCCCUAAAAAAAAAAGAAAAUGACAGGUGAAUAAUUCGACUGCACCUCCCUAACUCCCCCCUCUCUCUCUUCACAGACUCGCAUAACCACCAGGGGUACCAUGAGUUGAAGGAGACUCCAUCAUGUAGAUAUGCCUAGAGCAUCCGCCAAUGGACUGAGCCAACUGUGCCACACUUCAGAGGGCCGCAGUGGCUCGGCGUAGUCUCAGAGAGUAGAUACCCAGAGAGCCGGCGACUAUGGGGCGGAUUCGACCCCGGAGCUGGGCCACAUCUGGGCCGAGUCCGUGCCACAGUCCGCUGAUAUCUGGGUUAGGACCAAAUCACCUCAUCCGGAGGGCAGACAGGGAAACCUUGCUGGAAAUUGAAAAUGUCUUCCCAGAAGCCUCCAUUAGAAUUAAAUGUCUGAGUAAUGUUGAGCUAUAUCUGACUCACACCUGUACA